AUGGCGAAGAAACAGGCUACCAAGCCUUCCAGGUCGCGACCCACCUCCACCUCGGAGCUCAACCAGCCGCUCCUGCCUAGCUCGGGCGCCGUGACCGCAUCGACAGCUUCGUGCUCCUUCUCGCCCACGCCGGACCACACGCUCUUUGCGCACAUCAGCAACCAGGUGCACCAGCAGCGCCUGCGCAUCUACAAUGCAUCCGCAUCCGCAGCUUCUACCUCUCAGCUUGUGACCGACUUCCUCCUCGCCUCCCUCGGCGGCGCAGAGUGCCUCUCGUCGCAGUGGGUGCGCAUCUCCACAUCAAACAAGUCGGCCAAGCGCAGGAAGCACGGUGCAGAAAACGGCGCCGACGCGGCUGCCGCGUCGUCCUCUUCGUCGCAGCUGCUGCUCGCGCUCGGUCUGAGCUCGGGACAGGUGCACCUGCUCAGCCCAGCAUUGGCUCAGUCGGUCGCCAUCCUCAAUGCCUCCUCCGCCUCCGGCAGCAGCACCUCCUCGGCCGCGAACGCCGGCGUCGUCUCCAUGUCGUUCUCCGACGACAAGGCUACGCUGUUUGCCUGCUCCAAGAGCGGUUGGGUCUCCGCUUUCGCGCUCGCAGACGUCAAGCUCGGCGACCAACAGGCGCCCUUGCGGCCCUUCUCGUCGUUCCGUCCCGACACAAAGUCCGCCGUCCAGCUCCUCGCCUCGCGCCGCGAUCUCCUACUCUCCGCACACCACGCCAUCAGCUUGACCGACGCAUCCCAGUCGGACAACGCGAUGCGCGCUUCCUUCACCGGCCACGCAUCGCCCGUGACGCAUCUCGAAUGGCUCAGCGACAACUCGUUCAUUUCGGCGGCCGAGGGCGAUCGCAUCGUCAGCGCAUGGACCUUUGACGACAGCAAGACCGGCAAGUCGGUGACCGGACGUGCAUUUGCUACUGCCGCGCUCGACGGCCCUGUGCGUGCGCUUUCGGUCUGCGCCGCCUCCACUCAGCAGCCUCGCACGCUCAUCACUAUCGUCACGCAGACCGGCAGCGUCCGCAUCUACGGCCUCCCUGCCGAAUCCAAAUCGGACGCCUCGCCAUCCAAGAAGAAGUCGGCCGCGCUGCCGUCGCUCGAGCUGCUUGCGCAGUCCGAGGCGAGCUCGUCGGCGACGGAAUGGAUCGACUCGAGAAUCGUCGCAGACAAGCUGCGCCUGGCUCGCCUCAUCCGCGGCGCCAAGGUGUCGGUCGACGAGACCACCAUCGUGCGUGGCAAGGAUGCGCAGCUGCAAAAGACGCUUCAGCUGCCUGUCACUGGAGCCAAGCAGAGUGCCUCGUCUUCGGGCCUGCUGGUUGCCGACAGCGACGAGGCGCAGCUCACGGGCGGUGCCGCCAGCACGCAAAGGUACGCGGACGCGCCCAUGCGACCGCAGGGGAUGGACGACGACGGCCUUGCAACGGGUCUCGAGGAUGCCGGUCUGGUAGCUGCCUCAUCUGCCCGUGGCGCUGAGCUCGAGCCGACGCUGGCGCAGAGGUUGAAGGAGCUCGGCUUCAGCGAUCCUUUGAGCGCAGGGCAGGAGGCCGAAGAGGACGAUGCACAGAUGCCGAGCAAGAAGCAGCAGUCGUUGACCAACGAGGCGUCACUUGCGUCAUCUCUCUCGCAGGCGCUGCACUCGGGCGACACGAGCCUGCUCACCAGCUGCCUCAACCACAACGACCCCAUCCUCAUCCGCAACACGGUGCGCAAGAUCUCGGGCCCGCUCUCGGUCAAGCUGCUCGAAGAGUGCGUCAGCCGUCUCAACGGCGUCGGUGGCAACCACGUCAGCAAGGGCAGCAUGGGCUCGCAAAAGGCACGUGGUCUCAUGGAGUGGGUGCGUGCCACCCUGCUCAACCACAUGGGCUACCUCAUGUCGCUUCCCAACCUCGUCACCAGGCUUUCGGGCCUGCACGCGACGCUGACCACGCGUCUGGCUACGCACGAGCGUCUCCUGGCGCUCAACGGCCGACUCGAGCUGGUGCUCUCGCAGAUCGAGGCGCGCGCGGCGUACAUGUCGCAGGCGAGCAACAACCAGGUGCGCAUCCAGGGCGCCAAGUUUGGCAAGCGCAUGCAGGGCGACAAGCUCGCGCAGGCGCAGAGCGCAGACAAGCAGCGACGCAAGGGCAAAAAGUGGGUCGAAGAGACCGACGACUCGGACUCGGAUGCCGACGACAUGGCCACCGACGCCGAUGGUGUGCUCGUCCGCGGCGAGGACGACGAAGAGGGCGAUGUGCAGGACAUUGCACUCGGUGCCGAAAGCGAUGAGGACGACGAUGAGGACAGCGAUGACGAGGAUGCUGGUCCGCUCCGUCGCCGUCGCCGCGUCAAGAACGGCCGCGCCUCGGAGGGCAACACCUCGGCUGAAUCGGACUCGGAUGCUGACGAUGACGACGAUGACGACAUCGAGGACAUCGAAGACAUUGACGACGAUGAGGACGAAGAGGAAGACGAGGAUGAGGAAGAAGACGAGGAUGAGGAUGAGGACGACGAGGAGCUCCCCGACGAGAGCGACAUCGAGGAGGAUGGUGCCAGCGACAUGGAGGAUGACGACGACGAAGAGGAGUACGACGUGGAGGAUGGCGGUCGCGACCCGAACGGCAUGUUCGAUCUCGAGGCCGAAGAGGGCACCGACGAGGACGACUCGGACUGA